UGUGGAUCACUCUGGUCCCUUCAAGUCAACUGGAAAGCAGCUGCCUGGAGCAUGUGGAGGGAAGAGGAGCCCGUGGAGAUGUUGUGACAGGGAGCAGGAGAACCAGAGCGACCGCAACAGUUGGAUAUCAGUGACCUCCCUCUCUCGCUCUCUUUAACCUCCCUCACAUCGACUUUGAACCUGUUUGUUUAAAUCCGCGGACUUUACAGCCCGAGCGCCCGCGGCUGCCUGCGGAACUGACUUCCACCGGGGCUCCAGUCUGUGAUUCCUCCUCAUGCUGCCCUGACGGCCGCCGAGGUGCCCACACGCACAACCUGGACAUGGAGUCGGCGACUGAACCAGAUCGGUACUGAAGCGCGCUCUCUCUCCCACGGGAGAGUCCUCCCUCCUCCCCGGGGCGAUGCGGCUCUCCUUCCUCUUCCUCGCCUCUGUGUGUGCCUCGGUCCUCCUCCUCCUCCUCGCAAGUGCCUCGGAGGGUUGCGGGCCGGGGAGGGGGUACGGCAAAAGGCGGCUCCCCAAGAAGCUCAUCCCGCUGGCCUACAAGCAGUUCAGCCCCAACGUGGCCGAGAAGACCCUGGGCGCCAGCGGGCGUCCGGAGGGCAAGAUCAUCCGCACGUCGGAGAGAUUCAAAGAGCUGACCCCCAACUACAACACUGACAUUAUCUUCAAAGAUGAGGAGGACACUGGAGCGGACCGACUCAUGACCCAGCGGUGUAAAGACAAGCUGAACUCCCUGGCCAUCUCUGUCAUGAACAUGUGGCCCGGAGUAAAGCUGAGAGUCACCGAAGGCUGGGACGAAGACGGCCACCAUUCGGAAGACUCGCUGCACUACGAAGGUCGGGCGGUCGACAUCACCACCUCAGACAGGGACAGAAACAAGUACGCCAUGCUAGCUCGGCUAGCGGUCGAGGCUGGGUUCGACUGGGUCUACUACGAGUCCAAAGCCCAUAUUCACUGCAGUGUCAAGUCAGAGCACUCAGUGGCAGCUAAAACCGGCGGCUGUUUCCCUGGCGACGCCGUGGUGACGCUUGAGGAUGGAGGGGUGAAGCAGAUGCGUGACCUGCGCCCAGGCGACCGUGUCUUGGCGUCGGACGGUGGCGGCCGGCUCCUCUACAGCACCGUGCUGUCGUUUCUGGACCACCGGCCCAACGUGACCAAAAUCUUCAACGUCAUCGUCACCGAUGUUGGACUUAACCUCACCGUCACGCCGGCUCACCUGAUGUUUGUCACAGACUGCGCCGCCGGACCUAGCGGUCCGGUUUCGCUGGGCGCUGGGCUCCGAACGGUUUUUGCCAGCGAGAUUCGGCCCGGACAGUGCGUCGUCACAUCGCAAGGGGAAGAGACGACUCUCGGCGUCGUCACUUUGGUAGAGGAGCGGAGAAGCGCUGGGCUGUACGCCCCACUCACCCAGCACGGCUCAAUAGUGGUGGACAAAAUACUGGCGUCGUGUUAUGCCGCCGUGGACAGUCACAGUUUAGCCCACUGGGUUCUGGCCCCGCUGCGGUUCUUCUACAGCCUAAUGGGACCUUCAGAACCGCAGGCCAACGGGCUGCACUGGUACCCGAGGUUACUACAAAGACUCGGGGAAACACUGCUGGACGCUGAACACUUCCAUCCUUUAGGAAUCGAACAUUGACUGAAUCGAACAGACUUGACUGACGUUCCCUCCAAGAGGCAUUCACUCUGUCACCUUUAUUUGACUCGCAAGAAUCCUUCCUAUCGAUCUACGUAAUGACUGACAUCUCGCCUCACACUUCAUCCUGGCCAUCGUACUUACUGAAAAAACCUCUCAGCCUGAGCGGGAGGACACAAUAUAUCUGAGCUAAUUGUUGAUGCUCCAUGUAUUUCAAGCUCCUAUAAAGCGCCACGCUUUAACGUCAACCAACCAAAGCUGCUAGCAUGGUGAACGCGGGAUGGAGACUUGGGUUCACGAUGCUGAUAAUUCUGUUUCGAUUUUCAUCCUCGCAAACACAUUUCAAGUGAAUUAUUUAUCCUUCUAGCGUGCUAAAAUUUUUAUUUUUGUCCUUUUGUGGCCUUAGCCUUUCGUCGUUUACACUUUUUUGGGGGGUCAGACGGAGAUAUCAUGUUGACUUGAGCACUUAAACAUGCGAUGCGGCAUCAAGCCCUCAUGGGAGGCAAAGCAUUGACUCACUCACAAGCCGUCCUUUGCGGAAAAUAUGUCCAACCGAAGCCAAGAUUUACAUUCUCCAUGUGCUCGUGCUGCUUUCAAGACCAAAGUUAAGUCCGCUGUACUUUGUUUUACAAUCCAAAAAUUGGUGGUGACCAAACUAUAAAUCAUUUUCAACAAAUGCAGUGCAGUAUAUUCAAAUGAGAAUGACGAUUAGAAGCGCAUCUUGUUUACGUGCAAAUGUUGUGCUAGUCGAUAGUAAAGAAGUACACAAACUUUCAUUUCUGCACUUGAACAUUUAAGAUGAAUGUCUAAAAGUUUAAAAACCUGUUUUGAGGUUUGCUAAUCCCAAGUUACAAGCCCUUUUGGAACGCACGACUGAUAAAGUUUGUCGAAUUAGUGAAAGAAAAGUG